GGCUGGUGAACAUGAGAAAACAGUAACAACAGCAGGGGGACAGCUGAGGCCUGGAAAGAAGCCUGAGGAAACAACAUCGCCUACGGAGGCCACGGCUUUUUGGAAUAGCCCCGUUUUAACUUCAAGUGACUUGUAAUCCCCCGGAGGCCAGGCUAAGGUUUGCUGGUGCACUCAGGAGGAAGAUGCAGUGCACUCCUGAAUCUAGUCUUUAUCUUGAUGGCUAUAAAGGGCAGCACUGCUACGAUGACUGCUCUGACAGUGGAUACUCAGGUUUUUUCCAGAGCCCACACAGCACCAGUGGAGCUGAUUCAUGUAGAUCUUUGUCUCCGGUGGAACUGGAUGAAACGCCCAAAGAGAACCUCCGGGUUUCUGUCACGCCAAAGAAGAAGAUCCGAGAACAAGUCAGAUUUUUGGGCAGAGACUCCAGGAAGGUUUCAGCCGUAAGCUGGUGUGAAACUCCUAAAAUAUGCAAAAGGGAUACCUCGCUGCGACAGAGACUUCUACUGUGUAAACCCACUGCAGAUGUCAAAAAUGACAACACAAGAUCACCGUGCACCAGAGGGAUUGAAUCCCCUGUCAGUGGGUCUGAACCCUAUUUCAAUACAUCAUUUGACUCUGUAGACACUGAGAUGGGGGCAGCAAGCGCUUUAAAAGUGGACCAGGACCUGCCACUAUCAGGCAGGAAGCGCCGUGUUCUGUUCAUGCAGGUGAGGACCUCAACUCUUGAAGAUGGCAAGCACAACUGUUGUCACCUUCCCAGUUUUGAGAAAGAAGCCUCACUCACAGAUCUAGACAUGAGUGAACACAUUUUUGCAUCUGGUCAAUGUAAUGUCAAGACUCCAGGCUUCAACGAAUUCCUGCCCAUCUCUAAGGAAAACUCUCAGUCACCAUUGGGCAGCAUGACAGAUAAUCUAUAUAAUGGCUCAAGUGUCUUGUGCACACCAUCAUCUGCACAUACACCCAGCUAUAUCAGGUCGUUGAGUGAGGACAGCGGUUUCAGCUCAGUGACUCUUGAUAAAUCGCAAGACUCCACAGUGGACCAUGAUGGCUCGUUCCAGGAGCUGCUGCUGUCCGCCUCCAAAGGAAACUCUGAAACUCCAAAUCCAACAGAGGGAAGGCGCCGCUCCCGUUUGCAGCGUCAGCACAGGCUGUCUACGCUUAAAGAAGGUGGCUCUCAGUCUGAGGAAGACCCAACGGACAGAAAGCAUCAACAUCCUUAUCAAUGUUACAGCCAUUCUAAAGAGGAUGAGGUUUUUGCCGAGGAUAUCACCCCUCGCAGUGUCCUCUCUGUUAAAUGUGGUAAUGCCGUGAGCUCUGAUCGCUUGAGCUCAGCAAAAAAAGAUUAUACCACCCCACAAAGAGUGACUAAAACCAAGGCACAAAACAUGACCCCUUGUUCUACGGAUCUUGGCAAUCCAGAUAUCACACCACUCAGGAUGACUCCAGUUAACCUCUCUCUGACUCCAGCGCUGCAGCUGGUUCAAGCUAUUUGUCAGCACCAUGCCCAGAUGUUGGCUGGUCAAAGUCCAAGCCUGAAAGAGCAGCUGAAGUCUGCAGCAGCACUGACCAAGACCCCAAGCACUCUUCGGACCACUAUGCCAUUGGCAGGGCUGAUUGGCAGGAAGAUGGGCCUGGAGAAGGUGGACGUACUCACAGAGCUGAUGAAGAGGAACCUCAGGCACAUCCUGGCUGUUAUACUUUGCCAGAUGGACUCUGAGAGUGUCUAUAGGUGCAGCUGUGUUUGCAAAAGCUGGAAUCAAAUUGUCCAGCAAGACAAGCUAGCUAGCACAAUGAGAAGAAGCCACCUGAGUCAAGUGGAGGCUGCUCUUGAGCAACCUGGACUCACAGUUAUUGAGUUUGACUUUCUGAGUAAGCCCGUCUAA